AUGGACGAGGGCAUGACUGCCGCAGAGUCGGCCAACGCUCUUGACGCGGCGCGCGCCGAAGGCCGGCGCGUGGGCUCCGCGGCCGAGGAGCGCCAACGCGCCGCUGAUCGGGCAGCCAAGGAGCGCCGCACACGGGCUGUCUUCGGGACCGGCGCUCUUGCUGUGAAGGCUGGCGUGAAGAACGUCCUCGUCGUGGACGGCACUGGUGUGAGCAGCGAUUUCAUGAGCGAGCACCUCCUGCUGAUUGAGAGGGAGUCGUCCCCAACACUGAUCACCCCGCCUCUGCCCGCCGAGCAGCGCCGAGCCGUCAAGACAGCAUGGCGCGGGCUGCACCACGAGCGCAUUGGCCUGGAGGGUGGCGAGCGCCCCGACCGGCUCGAGCUCUGCCGGCGAGCCAUCUCGUCUGGACGCUUCCACGCGCUCAUCCUCUCCGACUUGUCUGAGGACUCGCGGGCCAUCCCGGCCGUGGAGCGUGAGCUCGGGCCCACGCUCCUGCGCUUUGCCGAGGGUGGCGGCGCAGUCGCCGUGACGACGGCCGACUCGGCGAUGGUGCUGCCGAUGCUGCGACGCCUCUUUGGCGUCGCUUGGACCUCGGGCGGCUACUACCGCACGGUGUGGGGACCAUCGCGGGAGAACGCCAGCGCUGUCGCCGCGGCCUUUCCGAUGGCGCUGGCCUCGAACGGCUUCAGCGCCAAGGCGCACGCGGUGCGCGGGGUGCCCGAGCACGAGCGCAUGUUCGGCACGACGCCCGAGUCGCGCACGCAGAGCCAUGUGCCGCUCAUGGCCGGCCGCGACGUUGGGACGCGCACCGACGCCUCGUCUGUGACCGGCCCUGUGGAGGACUAUGACGUGGUGGUGGCGAGGCGCGCAAUCGGGGCAGGAUCGCUUGCGCUCUUCUGCGACAUCAACCUGGAGCCGGAGACGGUGCAGCAGUGCCUGGGCUUUUGCAGGCUCAAUAGCCCAGACGCGCCUGGCGACGCGGUCGCACGCCUCGACGCCGAUGAGUAUGCACGGGCUGCCGUGAGCAAGGCCAAGGGCAACGCCGCCUUCGUCGCCCAGGACUUCGGCGCGGCGGCGGCCGAGUACGAGGGGGCGCUGGGCGCGUAUGGCGAGCGCGGCGGCGCGGCCGGCGAGCAGCGGGAGGAGAAGGCCAAGAUCUGCUCCAACUUGGCCGAGUGCCGGCUCAAGCUCGAGCAGUGGGAGGCGGCGGCCGCGGCGGCGAGUGACGCGCUGGCGCUCGUGCCGACGCACGCCAAGAGCCUCGUGCGUCGCGCCAAGGCCGCCGUGAGACUCGGCGAGGUGGAGGCCGCCGCAAACGACUUGCGGCAGGUCACGGGCGGUGGCGACGCCACGCAGGCGGCGGCGGCGGCGGCGUUGCUGCGGCCGCUGGAGGCGAAGCUGCGCGAGGCAAAGAAGGAGGCGAAGCGCAAGGAGGCCGCGCGCAACAAUGCUUUUGCCGCGGGCUUCGCCGGCGCGCUAGGGCUCUACGGCAAGCAGGCGGGCGAAGACAGCUCCAUCACGACGGAUUUCAUGGUCUUUUGCAAGCUGGCCGUGCGUCACGACGUCGUGCCGGUGGGCUGGGACUGGCCCGCCUUCCUGCGCGUGGCCGAGACGCUGCUGCCGUAUGCUUUCGAGAAGGCCGACGCCAAGGAGAAGUGGGGCAGAGAGAACGUCUUCGCCGUCCUCACCGGCGGCCGUUCGCUGCGCGCGACCGCCGAGGUUGUAUACGCUAAUUCGUGCCAGGAGCAGGGGCCGUCGGCGGCCAUGAGGGUGAUGACACGCCGGUGUCGCCAUCCCGGGCCAGAGUGGCACGAUGUCGGUGGCCGCCACGCAUGGCAGGCGCUGGCACGUGCUCUCGGCGAGGACCCAGCGUGGUGGACGAGCGCCGCCGCCGACGACGUGGGCGAGGAGGACGAGGAGGACGACUACGCCGAGAUCGUCGCCAGUCGUUCUGCGCCGUGGCGAGCCGCCGCCCAGGCCAAAGAAGCAGACGACAGCCAGCCACUGCAGCCGCAGGACCGGGUGAUGGUGAGCGGCCUGGUCGGACGGCCGGAGCUCAACGAGGCUCUCGCGACCGUGCUCCUGCCCGUGGACCCGGUCAGCGGCCGCUGCUGCGUCCGCGUGCGCCGACCGGAGGUUGGCUUCUGCGCCCUAGACGAUGUCAAGCUCAAGCCGCAGAACCUGAGCAAGAUGCCGCUGCCUACCGUCGCCCCGGCCGAUGCGACGGACGGCUUCCACCCGCUGCAUAUCGCGGCCAUCGAAGGGCGGGCGGAGCGCGCCGAAUUCUACCUCAGCCAAGGCACCGACCCCGAUCUCCUCGACGCCGACGGCUGGACUCCGCUCAUGCGCGCAUGCCUGUGGGCCCAAGCCGAGGUCGUGCAGCUUCUCCUCGCGCACGGCGCGACGCCCGACGUGCCCGCGACCACGACGGGCAGCACCGCGCUGAUGUUCGCAUGCAUGCACGGGCCGCUCCGACCUCCGCCCACCAUGCCCUACAACGCCUUCCGCCACAAGCUGACCGUGGAGAGCUUGCUCGCGCACGGCGCACAACCCGCCAUCGGUAACGCCAAGGGCGAGAGUGCGCGCAUGCGCUACCUCCCCUUGUGCUCACUGCACCGCAGCUGCCUCACGAGCACCUCCUUCGCCUCUGCGCACUCGCGCAUCUUCCGCUCCGCUCUCGCCUUGACGCCCUUGUACCGGUCGGGGUGCCACACGCGCGCCAGCUUCCUGAAGGCGUGGGCGGAGCGCGGCUCGGAGCGGGGCGUGUGUGUGUUGACCCGGGUCUCCUGGCUAGCAGCGACCCUGUACUGCCGGUUCACCCAGCCGCACUGCGCCUCGGGCGCGAGCUGGUCGAGGUUGGCCGGCAGCUCGAGCACAGCUCUGUGGUCGCGCCCGCUCUUUGGGUCUCCGGGGUGGCCGCAGCGGUUGUCCUGCCACGCCUUGCGGUCGGACGGGUCGACGCACUGCCACCUCCGCUGCCGGUCCAGCGCGUGGCUGAGCCUCUCCGCUCUCCCCGCCGACGCCGUCGAGCAGUGCAACCGAGCCAUCCCGCGCAAAGGUGGCAAGCCCAAAUUUCCUGCCAACGUGAACGCCAACGGCUACGUCAACCAGUGGCACAUCGCGAGGCAGAGCAAGGCGGACGGAGGCAAGGCGUACUGCGAGACGCUAUACGAGUGCGGCGACGACCCUGGCGUGGGCGUCGCCACCAUCUUUGUGAGCUGGUUCCUCGAGACGCCGCUCAAGACGCUGGUGGACGCCCUGCGGCAGGACCUGCGGCUCCACCCAGAGCUGCCGCCCGACACCAAGUUCUUGGUCUGCGACUUUGUGAUCCGCCAACACGGCGACGAUGUGAAGGCUGACGUCGAUCGGCUCGGCGACUGCGUCCGCGCCGUCGGCCACACGGUGCUGCUCAUGGAGCCGUGGUACGACCCAGAGCCAGAGCCGCUGGGGCGCGCGUACUGCAUCAUCAAGGAGGUGUUCCACACGCAGGAGUCGGGCGCUCGCUUCGAGGCGGAGUGCCGCAACCCAAAGGACACGGAGCAGAUCCUUGGCGAGCUGGAGCGGGAGAUGUUGUCUCUCGUCGGAUCUCCGCUCUCGCUCGCUGGCGCGUCCGCGCCGGGCGUCGCCAUGCGCGCCGGCACGCCGGCGAUGGCUGUGGAGCGCUCAGCGUCCAUUCCCUUCUUGAAGAAGCCGCCUGCGCUGGACGGCUCGAUGGUUGGCGAUGUCGGUUUCGAUCCGCUCGGCAUCUCGACCACGAUCAUCGAGCUCGGCGGCGAUCUCCGCUAUGUGCGCGAGGCGGAGCUGAUGCACGGGCGGCAGGCGAUGCUCGCGACGGUGGGCUUCGUCUUCCCCAAGCUGUUUGGCAAGCUGCCGGUCGAGUGGGCCAAGGACAUCUCUCUCAACCCGCUCGAGGCGCAGUAUACUAUCACUUGUCUGUCUUUGGUCGCCAUCACGGGGAUGUUCUUCCAGACGGCCAUCACGGGCUCGCUCUACCCCCUCGUCGACAAGUUCUGA